AACCCUCGUUCGUCAGACGUCAAACCAAACCGUUUGACACUUAAGUACGUAGUAUGAAGUUCCGUCUCUUAGAACGUAGUGAUUAUAUGCUCUUUGGAUCCUAACAUCUAUGGAAAAGAUAAUGGAUAAACACAAUUUACCGAAUGUCGGGAAUUUUACGAGAAACGCUAAAGAUCUGCUUAGAUAAUACCAGAACUAGUGAAUACUUCAUCUGCAAGACAUCGAAAAUCGUAAAAAUGCCGUUUUACGCCGUUGCAAGAGGCCGUAGUACAGGUAUUUAUGAUUCCUGGGCUGAUUGCGAAGCAGAAGUUAAAGGUUUCCCUAACGCAAAAUACAAAAAGUUCAACACUGAAUCAGACGCUAAUGAAUUCAUCCGUUCUAAUUCUAACGACAGUGGUAGCUAUGGAAACAAAUUCACUUCCAAUAAUUAUCAAAGCGGCACCAGUAAAAAUCUUAAGAGAUCUUAUGGCACAUCGCCCAAGACCAAUUAUUAUAAGAACAAAAUCUUUUUGCUCGAUCAGACUUUCCCCGAUUCAUCCGAUGACGACCUAGAUACUAAAUUAAAUAAGCAAAUGAACGAUCUAGAGAGACGUAUAAAGAGUUUUUCCAAAGGCAUAGAUAAGGUUUACAAGAAUCCUCCAGCAGCAGGUCCCAGUCCCAAAGUUAAACAAACUAUUUUAACCAAGCCACCACAGCCAAAACAAUGUAAACAUGCUGAAUACGUGAUAGAUAGUGAGGGUUAUGUACAAGUGUAUACAGAUGGUGCUUGCUCGGACAAUGGCAAGCAGGGUGCUCGAGCUGGUCUUGGGGUGUACUGGUCUGACGAACACCCACUCAACAGAAGCCAGCCAGUCUCUGGCCGAGCCACCAAUAACUGUGGUGAAAUUCAAGCAGCAACACUUGCCAUCCAGCUUGCACUCCAAAACGGAAUCAAGAAACUAACUAUUAAUACAGAUUCACAAUUUCUCAUCAAUGCAGUUACCAAAUGGAUGCCUGGUUGGAAAAAAAGAGGAUGGAAAUUACCAUCUGGAAAGGCUGUAAAAAAUGAAAUAGAUUUCAAGGAGCUAGACAGUGUCAUGCACAAACUUGAAAUUAGAUGGAAUUAUGUUAAAGCACACAAUGGAAAACAUGGCAAUGAGAUGGCUGAUAAGUUAGCAAAAGCUGGCGCAGCCAUGUACAAUGAAUGAUUGAGUGUGUUUAGGACUAGUGCUUAGACCAGAAUGAUUGUUACACAUGUUUAGUAAAAUGUCAAGCCAUGGGUUUUUGCCACUAGUUUUAAUUUGUUUCUAAAAGUAACACCUUAUUCAGAACCCAUAAUGAAAUUACCUUUUGUUUGAAAAGAAAACAUUAAAAUUUUGGUUUAUCUAUUAAUUAUAUAAUGAUUUAA